GCCAAAGACAUUGCAGAUCGCUUGGCCACCAGAGGAUGGUGUAACAGUAUAUGUCAGGGAAGAGAAUGCAGUGCAUACGAAUGGCUGCAAGAGGCCCAUCUAAUACCUCACCGUGCCCCCUUCCUUUGUAAGGCACAAAGUAAAGGGAUCACUGUACGUCUGCGAGCUAGUCGGCUGGUAAAGCAUAAGGAUCAUUGCAGCAGACAUUUUAGUAGAUUCCCUGUCGAUACCUCCUCGGGAUUGUGACAGUGAGGACAGUUCAUUUGGGAGCACGACUAUAUCCUUUUUUUAUGUUGUGUUGCCACGGAGAUCUUUAACGCCCUUGAGCGUAUAAUUUCGUGAAUACCCAAAACAACCGUCCGCACUCGUCGCUGUCCGACCAACAAAACAUGGGUACCUUGGAACUAAGUCUUCGCUACCCGACGGGGGUUCACGUCGGAAUGGAACCCGAAUGCAAUGGCUUCCAUGGCCUUGAUGAUCACGAUGAACAUGAACCAGAGGAAGACGUGUGGACUCUGAUGAGCAUGAUGCACGCUAUGAUCGUGGUCACCAUGGUGUUCGUCCUUGACACAGCUCAAGUCUUCCUGCGGGACUCAACAGAAGCUAGACCCGUCUUACUCAGCCACGUCGAAGGCUUCUUUAUAUUCCUUUACCUUGUCUCCAUAGCGUGGAUGAUCGUCGUCAUAGUACUAAAGAGACCGCUGCCCUCAAGCGACGACGAAGAGAGGCUCGAUACCCAGGCGGGAAGUCGAUAUUUAAAUGUCGGAUUGCUGUUUUUCGGUACAGGCAGUUGCCUGUGGGCCAUUAUGCGAACAGCAUCACAUAUCGAGAAGAAUGGUGGGCCAUGUGGCGCCCGAGGCAUCUUUGCCUUCGGAUCUAUUCUCAGUGUUGCCUUCACUAUGUUGCAGAUCUACUAUUUCUGGCGGUUCUCCCGUUAUUGUAUAGUCAGGUGGCAGCCUUUGGCAAAAAUGGCCCUCAUGCACCUGUGCGCGAACAACGUGGCAGUAUGGGCACGAACAAUGAUAGAAGAGACCUGGGAGGACUUCUUGCUCAAGUACAUGAAAGGAUCGGCCUACGGUGGCAAGGGCGGGAAGGGAGGGUACGACAAGGGAUCUUCGGGAAAGGGCUACGACACGGGUGGAGCUGCCUACGACCCAACGGGAACCGGUGCGGCGUAUGAUGCUGGCACGGGUUACGGCCCAAGUGGUGGACCAAGUUAUGGUGGAGCCGGCACGACAGGGUACAGUACUGGGGCAAGGUUGCUGCAGGAACUGGUAGGGAACUACGCGGCUCAAGAUUCUGUGCCGGUGUUUGGAGCGUAUGCCGACCCCGUGUAUGGCUACGGUUAUGGAGGUGCAGAGAAUACCUACGUGAACCCGCAUGGCGUCAUAUAUAACGGAUCCACUUUCGGAGGCGGAAAUGACACGAUCCCAGGAAUCGAAGAAUGUCUGGACGGCAAGUACGACACGGGUCUUGGCCUGGCUACCUACAAAGCUUCUGUGUUCCUGUAUUCCUUCACCGUCGAGUACAGUAUCAUCGGAGGUGCAAUGGCGUACGUCAUGUGGAGGAAUAUCGGCAGGAAAGUCCACACCAGCCACAAACCCACCAACAACACAGAAAUGAGUUUUAGCUUUGAAUGUGGUCUUUUGCUUGGAGUUCUGUGUACGAUGUGUGGUGUUAUCAUUCUCAUCCUUAACAUCAUUUACCUCGGUGACCCUGAGAAAUCGGAAGAGAGUUUCGUCAGUAUCCAUGGUUACCGAAUUUUCCUCAAUUUUGUCUCGAUACUUGGAUGUGUACUCGCUUUUAUCGGAAUACACAAAGGCGGCUGGCAGACGGAUCACAGUGCUGGCCCUGCCCAUCGUGUGGAUGCCGCCCUUCUAUGGAUAUGUGUAACCGGUGUGUUUCUUCAAGGUAUCUAUACCUUUGUAGCCUCUGCGGCUUCUAUGGGGGUAUCCAAACAUGCAGGACUCAUCUGGGUGGAUGAAACAACUCAUUUGAUACAGACCGUCAUGCAGGUGAUACUCAUUCUGGACGCGAUGCACCGCAAGCCACCCGAAGACUUCAAGCAGACUCGAACCAAGCAGAUCAUCAUGUUCCUCUUGGUAUGCAACAUCACUUGGUGGCUAGUCAACACGUACGAGCUCAAAGGCGGCUACGACCUCUUCGCCCUCGAGAACAACUACUACGGCGCCACAGCCUGGUACGUCAUCGUCCACAUCGCCGCCCCUCUUAAGAUCCUCUUCCGGUUUCACUCUACCGCCUGCUUCUUCGAGAUCUGGAGCACCAAGGGAGUAGACCCGAAUGCUGGACAUUAGACCUGGAAUAACGGAUCGGUCAAUCAGCCACCAAUGGAUCCCGUGAGUUUAGUCACCCACCUCGGUCGGAGGUGGUGACAAUAUUUGAAAUACUGCAAUGUGGUGGAAGCACAAAAAUGAGCCAUAACGUUGGCAAAAUAGAGCCAAGUUGGCUAGACUCUGAGCAGAGAAUGCUUUGGCUGCUGGUCUUCCAUCGAGAGAAAAACCAUCCACAAAUGAUGGCGAACAAAGAGAUGCAUUUGUGAAUUUAACCAUAAGGCCUCUCGCUUGACUGCUACUUUUAGUUUGUGGAACCCGAUUCACGUACUGGUGUAUAUUUCUCUAAAGGAAAAAAAAAGACAAUAAUCCAGAUUACGGAUUCAUGUAAUUUGUGUAUUAUUUUUCAUAAUAAACCUCGACGUAAGAAGCUUCCCCGACAUAGUAACAACAUUUUACUAAAGGUUGAGACUGUGAACACAAUCAUGAGCACUUGUAAGACUAAUUCAUAUAGUCCCAUGAUUAUAUGAUCAUGUUGUUGCUAUUUAGUAUUCACAGAAAUAUAUCUCAUAAUAUAAGAAGAAAAUAGUCACGAUGCGAAAGUGAACCUGUGUCUUAUAAUGCAAAUGGUAUUUUUCAAGGGAAUUUAAAUAAAAGCAUUGAUUUCUUUUUACUUGGUAUUAUCAAGUUUUGUGACCAGCACCAUAGCUGUCUUGUGUAUUGAUACCCUUGAUUUUCGUCAAAAUUGUUCUAUUUCUCAUGUUUAUUAUUAUUUUCUAAUGUGAAUUCUUAUCUGUGCAAUGAAAUUUCGGUAUGCAAACCACGUGCAAUAAUAUGUAUUCUUUUCAAUGUUACUGUCGCAAACUUUUUUUUCUUCCUUGAUAUAUUUUUUCUUGUUUACACCUUCGAUUAUGAAGCUAUGAUUGUCUAUGAUGAAGCAUUGAUCAUAAUAUUAAUCGGUGCUUGUUUAUUUAAGUGUAUGAACAAACUUUAUUUUGUACAAGAGAAAUAUCCAGGUGAUAUUAUUCCGUGAAGUUGUUUCAAACGAUGUAGUCAUAAAAUCCUGCUCAUGGGUGACUGAUGACGGGAUAGGCAUUAUUCAGGAACGUAACGAGUAUUCGAAGGUGUCCAACUGAAUUAUAUUCUGCUCAUCUAGUUAUGAUCCUGCUCUUUUUAAUUAUAUUAUGCUUUCAUGAAAUAUCAUUUGAAUAUUUUGAUACUUUGUCAAUCUACUUGUGUAUCGGAAAUGUAUUAAAAAAACUUUUUAUGUUUCGAUAAUAAAAGCCAUUUGAAUUUGUUAUUUUCAGCAUUAAUCAUAACUAUUAUUGUAUUGAUUAAUGUCAUUUAAUGACAAAAAUGAUAAUAAUAAUGGUAUUAGUAAUAUUAUCGUAAUCAAUAUAAUGAAAAUGAUUUUUAUUAGUAUAAUUAUUAUUCUAUCAUCAUUUUUAUCAUUAUUACUGAAGACAUUUUGUUAAUUCAAACGAGGACUUAAAAGAUGCGUCAAUUGAAAAGGUUAUGUGAUGUAUAUCAUAUCACUCGGACGCAUUCUUUCAGUCUUAAAGAUGUCGUUUUCAUUCAUGGCAUGACGUCACUAAUAAUGUUUCCUGCCUGGAACACACAGGGUUGUAAGGGCACGUAUUUCACUCUAUUAAUGCUGUAAUAUUCUGUUGACAUAAUAGUGUAUGGUUAAUUGAUGUAUUUUUUUAAAAAUAAUUUCUCCGUUCGGUCUUAUCAAUCAAGAUUACAGUUGAUGUGGUUUUUUAUUUGGUUGAUGAUCAUACGCUAUAUAUUUGAAGUUUCAAUGCGAUUCUUGAAUAUAAUUCAUGCGAGUUUAUACAUAGAUAUGCAAAUGUGGCUUUAUAAGUAUAUAAUAUAUGACACUUUUGUAACAUGAUGUAAUGUAAAUAAUGAUAGAAUUUGCAGUGGCAGUGAUGGACAUAUUGGACUUAUAAAUAUUCUUUAUUUAAAAUUUAACUACACCAGUUUGUACAGAGUACGGCGAAAUGUGCCAUAUAAUUUCCAAUAGCGAAUCUGAAUGUAAGAUAUGAGUUUACAUGUUUAUGUGCACAGAUAUGCAAAGAUGAUGAAGCCUGUUUAUAUAUGCAAUUUUGAAUAUUUCUCUUAUUUUUAUUAUCUGCUGUCAAAUACAUUUUCAAGCUUGAA